GUCGACUGCUUCGCUUCGUUUAACCAUCGAAAAAGUGAGCCAAGGGUUUUGACUCUCUUCGUUUUCUACUGCGAAAUCUCUCCGAUUUUCCGGCGACGUUGACUCUGCCUUCCUCCAACACCGCCGUUUUACUCCAUCGUUCCAGCUUAAGCAAUCAAGGUACCCAUUUUAGUGUGUUUUGAGGUAUACCAGAAAAGAUGGACAUUGAUGAGAUGGAUAUUGAAGAGAUCGAGGCUACUGCGGAGAUCAAUCUAUCUGAGCUAGGAGAAAGUUUUCUCCAGAGUUUCUGCAAGAAAGCUGCAACUUCCUUCUUUGAUAAGUAUGGACUUAUAAGUCAUCAGCUCAAUUCCUACAACUUCUUCAUUCAACACGGGCUUCAGGAUGUGUUUGAAUCCUUUGGUGAUAUGCUUGUGGAACCGUCGUUUGAUGUGAUAAAGAAGAAGGAUAACGAUUGGAGAUACACUACAGUGUUCAAAAAGACUGUUGUUAAAAGCGACAAAUUCAAGACGGGACAAGAUGAAUAUGUCGAGAAGAAGAUACUGGAUGUCAAAAAGCAGGACAUUCUAAUUGGUAGCAUUCCUGUCAUGGUGAAAUCUGUCCUUUGCAAAACAAGCGAGAAAGGAAAAGAAAACUGCAAAAAGGGGGAUUGUGCUUUUGAUCAGGGUGGAUAUUUUGUGAUAAAGGGGGCUGAGAAGGUGUUUAUAGCUCAAGAACAGAUGUGCACAAAGAGACUGUGGAUUUCUAAUUCACCAUGGACAGUCUCCUUCAGGUCCGAAAACAAAAGAAAUAGGUUUAUUGUGCGCCUCUCGGAGAAUGAGAAAGCAGAAGAGUAUAAGAGUAGGGAGAAAGUACUGACAGUGUACUUCUUGUCGACUGAGAUUCCAGUCUGGCUCCUCUUCUUUGCGCUGGGUGUUUCGUCAGACAAAGAAGCCAUGGAUCUAAUUGCUUUUGAUGGUGAUGAUGCAAGCAUUACCAACAGUCUCAUAGCUUCUAUCCAUGAAGCUGAUGCACUUUGUGAAGCUUUUCGCUGUGGGAACAAUGCUUUAACUUAUGUUGAACAGCAGAUCAAAAGCACCAAAUUCCCUCCUGCUGAAAGUGUGGAUGAUUGCCUCCAUCUGUAUUUGUUUCCCGGCCUCCAAGGUUUGAAGAAGAAAGCCCGAUUCCUGGGCUAUAUGGUGAAGUGCCUUCUGAUCUCGUAUGCGGGAAAAAGAAAAUGCGAAAACAGGGACAGUUUCCGGAAUAAGCGAAUUGAGCUCGCUGGAGAACUGUUGGAGAGGGAGAUAAGGGUGCACCUGGCACAUGCUACAAGAAAGAUGACCAGGGCGAUGCAGAAACACCUCUCAGGCGAUGGUGAUUUGAAGCCUAUUGAGCAUUAUUUGGAUGCUUCCGUUAUCACUAAUGGGCUUAGUAGAGCCUUUUCCACUGGAGCAUGGUCUCAUCCUUUCAGGCAGAUGGAAAGGGUUUCAGGUGUUGUAGCUAAUCUGGGUCGUGCAAAUCCAUUGCAGACUCUGAUUGAUCUGAGGAGAACGCGACAGCAAGUCCUAUAUACCGGCAAGGUUGGAGAUGCUAGAUAUCCGCAUCCCUCUCACUGGGGCAGAGUAUGCUUUUUGUCAACUCCAGAUGGUGAAAAUUGUGGUCUUGUGAAGAACAUGUCUCUUCUUGGACUUGUUAGCACUCAAAGUUUGGAGUCAGUGGUGGAAACGCUCUUGUAUUGUGGAAUGGAAGAGCUGAUGGAUGAUACCAGCACACCGUUGUGUGCCAAACAUAAAAUGGAAAUCAAGCGAGAUAAAGAUGACAAUGAGGUGAGAAUUUUCACUGACGCUGGUAGACUACUCCGACCUCUCUUGGUUGUGGAAAAUCUCCACAAGUUGAAGCAAGACAAACCUACACAGUAUCCUUUUGAGCAUCUUCUUGACCAAGGGAUCCUCGAGCUGAUCGGGAUUGAGGAAGAAGAAGACUGUAAUACAGCAUGGGGAAUCAAACAACUUCUGAAGGAUCCAAAGAAUUACACGCAUUACGAAUUGGACCUGUCAUUCCUGUUGGGUGUGAGCUGUGCAAUUGUCCCAUUUGCAAAUCAUGAUCAUGGGAAAAGAGUUCUCUACCAGUCCCAGAAGCAUUGCCAACAAGCCAUUGGAUUCUCGUCAACGAACCCUAACAUCCGCUGCGAUACGCUGUCCCAGCAGCUGUUCUAUCCCCAGAAGCCACUUUUCAAGACAUUGGCGUCGGAGUGUCUUAAAAAUGAAGUGCUGUUUAAUGGCCAGAACGCAAUUGUUGCUGUGAAUGUUCAUCUCGGGUACAACCAAGAGGAUUCCAUUGUGAUGAAUAAGGCUUCACUGGAACGUGGUAUGUUCCGUUCAGAGCAGAUUAGAAGCUACAAAGCAGAGGUUGAUACCAAAGACUCGGAGAAGAGGAAGAAAAUGGAUGAGCUUGUUCAGUUUGGAAAGACAUACAGCAAAAUCGGCAAAGUAGACAGCCUUGAAGAUGACGGGUUUCCUUUCAUUGGUGCUAACAUGAGUACUGGCGAUAUUGUCAUUGGCAGAUGCACUGAGUCUGGGGCUGAUCACAGUAUAAAGCUCAAGCACACUGAGAGAGGAAUUGUGCAAAAAGUGGUAUUAUCAUCUAAUGAUGAACGGAAGAAUUUUGCUGCAGUUUCUCUGAGACAGGUUCGUUCGCCAUGCCUUGGAGAUAAGUUUUCCAGUAUGCAUGGCCAGAAGGGUGUUUUAGGUUAUCUAGAGGAACAGCAGAAUUUUCCUUUCACAAUCCAAGGCAUAGUUCCUGAUAUUGUGAUAAACCCGCACGCUUUCCCUUCUAGGCAAACACCAGGUCAACUCUUGGAGGCUGCUCUCUCCAAAGGAAUCGCUAGUCCUAUACUAAAGAAGGAUGGUAGCUCUGCUGCAUGCACCAAAUUGACACGGCAUGCCACUCCUUUCUCCACUCCGGGUGUCACUGAAAUCACCGAGCAGCUUCACAGGGCCGGCUUUUCAAAAUGGGGAAACGAAAGGGUCUACAAUGGUAGAUCGGGUGAGAUGAUGCGUUCUCUGAUAUUCAUGGGCCCAACUUUCUACCAGCGACUUGUCCACAUGUCAGAGGACAAAGUCAAGUUCAGGAACACCGGACCAGUCCACCCGCUCACACGCCAGCCAGUCGCAGACAGGAAGAGAUUUGGCGGGAUAAGAUUUGGAGAAAUGGAGCGAGACUGCCUAAUAGCUCACGGUGCAUCAGCUAACCUGCACGAGCGUCUCUUCACUCUAAGUGACUCUUCUCAGAUGCACAUCUGCAGAAAAUGUAAGACCUAUGCGAACGUGAUUGAGAGGACUCCAAGCAGUGGAAGAAAGAUCAGAGGGCCAUAUUGUAGAGUGUGCGUAUCCUCAGACGAUGUGGUUAGGGUGUAUGUUCCGUAUGGAGCUAAGCUUCUGUGUCAGGAGCUGUUUAGCAUGGGCAUCACUCUCAACUUCGACACCAAGCUCUGCUGAUUCCCCCUCUUUAUUAUGUAAAUAGCUUAAUGCCUCAAGACCAUGUUAUGUGUAGUUUGCUUCAAACCCGGUUCUGGUUAAUAGUAUUGGUUUUGGUUUGGUUGAUUCGGUAAGGGUUAUCCGAACCGAAGAAAUCGUUAAACCAAGCCACUGAACUAACCCGUAAAUGUUGCUUUUUGUGAGAUUUGACUCUUUUAACCAACCGUUAACCUGUUUAUAUCUGGUUUUCUAUGUUUGGGAUUUUAUUGCUAAAGUAAAUUCCGACUUUUUAU